GACCCCUUGGCUCGGCUCCUGCUGGCCUGGACAGCCCUGUCAUGUGUGGCGGGUGUCCAAGGCCGUUGGGAUGGGGCCGUGGAGCCUGCAGGUCUCGGACGUGUGCGCAGGCGUGGCAGCCCAGGCUUCUUGCAGGGGCCGAAUGUGUGUGGCUCCCGAUUUCAUGCCUACUGCUGCCCCGGCUGGAGGACGCUGCCCGGUGGGAACCAGUGUGUCGUGCCGGUCUGUAGGCACGCCUGCGGCGAGGGCUUCUGCUCCCGACCCAACCUGUGUGCCUGUGCCGAUGGGAAGCUGGCCCCCAGCUGCGGGGUGAGCCGAGGGUCGGGGUGCGGUGUGAGCUGCAUGAAUGGGGGCAGCUGCCGAGGGGAGUCCUGCCUGUGCCAGAGGGGCUACACGGGCACCGUGUGUGGGCAACCCGUCUGUGACCACGGCUGCCACAACGGGGGACGCUGCAUCGGGCCGAACCGCUGCGCCUGUGUGUACGGCUUCAUGGGGCCUCAGUGUGAGAAAGACUACCGGACAGGGCCCUGCUUUGGUCGAGUGGGCCUGGAGGGGUGCCAGCACCAGCUGACAGGCCUCGUCUGCACCAAGGCGCUCUGCUGUGCCACUGUGGGCCGGGCCUGGGGCUUCCCAUGUGAGCUCUGCUCUGCUCAGCCACACCCCUGCCGCCGGGGCUUCAUCCCCAAUAUACACACGGGGGCCUGCCAAGACGUGGAUGAGUGCCAGGCUAUCCCAGGCCUGUGCCAGGGGGGCAGCUGUGUCAACUCUGUGGGUUCCUUUGAGUGCCGCUGCCCAGCUGGACACCAGCUCAGUGAGAAGAGCGCCAAGUGUGAAGACCACCGUGCUGGCACCUGCUUCUCGGCGCUGAUCGUGGGCCGCUGUGCCGGAGACCUCGCUGGCCACUAUACCCAUAGGCAGUGCUGCUGUGAUACGGGCAGGUGCUGGGCAGUUGGCCCGGCCCCUGAGCUGUGUCCUCCGCGGGGCUCUGAUGAGUUCCAGCGACUGUGUGCCCUGGGGCUCCCGCUGCUGCCCGCCUACCCAGGCCCCUUCCCCGGCCUCCCUGGCUUCGGAUCCAGUGGCAGUGUGGGUCCUGGCCUGGGGCCGGCCCAGCACAGGCCCCACGGCUCCAGUGGGCGUGGGGUUCCCAGCCUGGGCCUUGGUGACGCCAACGUUGGCACAGCCACGCUGAACCAGACCAUUGACAUCUGCCGACACUUCACCAACCUGUGUCUCAAUGGCCGCUGCCUGCCCACGUCUUCCAGCUACCACUGCGAGUGUAACGUGGGCUACACCCAGGACGUUCGGGGGGAGUGCAUCGACGUGGACGAAUGUGCCAGCAGCCCCUGCCACCACGGAGACUGCGUCAACACCCCCGGCUCCUACCACUGCCGGUGCGGGGAGGGCUUUCAGGCGACGCUCACCAAGCAGGAGUGCCUGGACGUGGACGAGUGCAUCGCCAGCAGUGGCCUCUGCCACCACGGCCGCUGCGUCAACACAGCAGGCAGCUUCCAGUGUGUCUGCAAUGCAGGCUUCGAGCUCGGCCCCGACGGCAAGAACUGUGUGGACCACAACGAGUGUGCCACCACCACCAUGUGUGCCAACGGAGUGUGCCUGAACGAGGACGGCAGCUUCACGUGCCUCUGCAAACCCGGCUUCCUGCUGGCGCCCGGUGGCCGGCACUGCGUGGACAUCGACGAGUGCCGGACACCGGGCAUCUGUAUGAACGGCCACUGUACCAACACCGAGGGCUCCUUCCGCUGCCACUGCCUGGGGGGGCUCGCGGUGGGCGCGGAUGGCCGCGUGUGCGUGGACACCCACGUGCGUAGCACGUGCUACGGGACCCUCGACAAGGGCUCCUGUGCCCGCCCCUUCCCCGGUGCCGUCACCAAAUCUGAGUGCUGCUGUGCGAGCCCCGACCACGGGUUUGGGGAGCCCUGCCAGCUGUGUCCUGCCAAGAACUCCGCCGAGUUCCAGGCCCUGUGCAGCAGCGGUCUUGGCAUCACCACGGAUGGCAGAGACAUCAACGAGUGUGCCCUCGACCCUGAUGUCUGUGCCAACGGUAUGUGUGAGAACCUGCGGGGCAGCUACCGCUGCAUCUGCAACCUGGGCUACGAGGCAGGCGCAGCCGGCAAGGAGUGCAUGGAUGUGGAUGAGUGUGCACUCAACAGCCUCCUGUGUGACAACGGGCGGUGCCGGAACAGCCCUGGCAGCUACAGCUGCUCCUGCCCCCAGGGCUUCAGCUUCCGGCAAGACACGGAGACCUGCGAAGACAUCGACGAGUGCCUGUCCAAUCCGUGUGUGAACGGCGUGUGCCGCAACCUGGCCGGCUCCUACGCCUGCGAGUGCGCCCCUGGCAGCCGCCUGGGACCCUCCGGCACCGUGUGCUUAGACAGCACCAAAGGCACCUGCUGGCUAAAGGUCCAGGAUGGCCGCUGCGAGGCGAACCUGCACGGAGCCACCCUGCGGUCCGAGUGCUGCGCCACGCUCGGGGCUGCCUGGGGGAGCCCCUGCGAACGCUGUGACAUGGACCCCGCCUGUGCCCGUGGCUUCGCCCGCGUGAAGGGGCUCAGCUGCGAAGAUGUGAACGAGUGUGAGGUCUUCCCGGGGGUCUGUCCCAAUGGGCGCUGCCUCAACACCGCUGGCUCCUUCCACUGCGAGUGUCUUGAAGGCCUGACACUGGAUGCCACGGGCCGGCUGUGCGUGGAUGUGCGCCUGGAGCUUUGUUUCCUGCAUUGGGAUGAGGAUGAAUGUGGGGCUGCCCUGCCCGGCAAGUACCGGAUGGACGUCUGCUGCUGCUCCUUGGGGGCCGCGUGGGGGGCCGCGUGUGAGGCGUGCCCUGAGCCUGAGUCCCCAGCGUUUGCCAGCCUGUGUCCCCGGGGGCUGGGCUUUGCCAGCCGGGACUUCCUAUCAGGCCAGCCCUUCUAUAAAGAUGUGAACGAGUGCAAAGCCUUCCCCGGGCUGUGUGCGCACGGCACCUGCCGCAACACCGUGGGCAGCUUUCGUUGCUCCUGUGCUGGGGGCUUUGCCCUGGACGCCCAGGAAAGGAACUGCACAGACAUUGACGAGUGCCGCAUCUCCCCUGACCUCUGUGGCCAGGGUACCUGCGUCAACACCCCUGGCAGCUUCGAGUGUGAGUGUUUCCAUGGCUAUGAGAGUGGCUUCAUGAUGAUGAAGAACUGCAUGGACGUGGAUGAGUGUGCCCGGGACCCACUGCUGUGCCGGGGAGGCACCUGUACCAACACGGAUGGGAGCUAUGAGUGCCAGUGCCCUGCUGGACAUGCGCUGGUGUCCAAGGGCACUGCUUGUGAGGACGUUGAUGAGUGCUCCCUGAGUGACGGCCUGUGUCCCCACGGCCAGUGCGUCAACGUCAUCGGUGCCUUCCAGUGCUCAUGCCACGCCGGCUUCCAGAGCACACCUGACCGCCAAGGCUGCGUGGACGUGGACGAAUGCCGCUCUGGGAACGGUGGGUGCCACGUGCACUGCGUUAACACCGAGGGCAGCUACCGGUGUGGCUGCAGACACGGCUACUCGCUGAUGCCCGAUGGGAGGGCGUGUGCAGACGUGGACGAGUGUGAGGAGAACCCGGACAUCUGUGACGGGGGCCAGUGCAUCAACGUGCCGGGGGGUCACCGCUGCCUCUGCUACGACGGCUUUGUGGCCACGCUGGACAUGAGGACGUGUGUAGACGUAGACGAGUGUGACCUGAACCCCUACAUCUGCCUCCAUGGGGUCUGCGAGAACACAAGGGGUUCCUUUGUCUGCCACUGCCAGCUGGGUUACGUCGUCAGGAAGGGGGCCACGGGCUGCUCCGAUGUGGACGAAUGUGAGCUUGGGGGACACAGCUGUGAUGGUCACGCCUCCUGCCUCAACAUCCCUGGGAGUUUCAGCUGCAGGUGCCAGCCAGGCUGGGUGGGGGAUGGCUUCGAAUGCCACGACCUGGAUGAAUGCGCCUUCCAGGAGCAUGGGUGCAGCCCAAGAGCUGACUGCCUCAACACCCCCGGCUCCUACCGCUGUGCCUGCCCCCCAGGCUUUGCUGGGGACGGCUACUUCUGCGAAGACAGGGACGAGUGUGCGGAGAACGUGGACCUUUGCGAGAACGGGCAGUGUCUCAAUGCCCCCGGGGGGUACCGCUGUGAAUGCGAGAUGGGCUUCAACCCCACAGAGGACCAGCACGCCUGCCAGGAUGUGGACGAGUGUGUUCUCGGGAACCUCUGUGUGUUCGGGAGCUGUGAGAACCUGCCAGGCAUGUUCCGCUGCGUCUGCGAUGAGGGCUACGAGCUGGACCGCGGAGGCGGCAACUGCACAGAUGUGAAUGAGUGUGCAGACCCCGUGAACUGCAUCAACGGCCUGUGUGUCAACACCCCCGGCAGCUACCUCUGCAACUGCCCCCAGGAUUUUGAGCUGAACCCCAGCGGGGUGGGCUGCGUGGACACCCGGGUCGGGAACUGUUUCCUGGACACACAGGACCGAGGGGAUGGUGGCAUUUCCUGCAGUGUGGAGAUCGGGGUUGGCGUCACCCGAGCAUCCUGCUGUUGCUCCCUGGGACGGGCCUGGGGCAACCCCUGUGAGCUGUGCCCGCUGGCCAAUACCACUGAGUACAGAACCCUGUGCCCGGGGGGUGAGGGCUUCCGGCCCAAUCCCAUCACCGUCAUUCUGGAAGACAUUGACGAAUGCCAGGAGCUGCCAGGGCUGUGCCAGGGGGGCAACUGUGUCAACACCUUCGGCAGCUUCCAGUGCGAGUGUCCACCUGGCUACCACCUCAAUGAGGACACCCGCAUCUGUGAGGACAUCGAUGAAUGCUCUGCACACUCGGACAUCUGUGGCCCUGGUACCUGCUACAACACUCUGGGGAACUACACUUGUGUCUGCCCAGCGGAAUACCUGCGAGUCAACGGUGGCAACAACUGCAUGGACAUGAGGAAGAGUGUCUGUUUCCGGCACUAUAACGGUACAUGUCGGAAUGAGCUGACCUUUAACGUGACCCGGAAGACGUGCUGCUGUUCUUACAACAUUGGCCAGGCCUGGAAUAGACCCUGCGAGGCCUGCCCAACCCCUGCCAGCCUGGAUUACCAGAUCCUGUGUGGAAACCAGGUUCCCGGGUUCGUCAUUGACAUCCACACAGGGAAGCCCCUCGACAUCGACGAGUGUGGGGAGAUCCCUGCCAUCUGUGCCAAUGGCGUCUGCAUCAACCAGAUCGGGAGCUUCCACUGCGAGUGCCCCACGGGCUUCAGCUACAACAGGGUGCUGCUGGUCUGCGAAGACGUGGACGAGUGUGCCAGCGGGGAGAGCCCCUGCCCGCAGAAUGCCAACUGCAUCAACAUCCCCGGCAGCUACCGCUGCAAGUGUGCCCGAGGGUACAAGCUGUUGCCAGGGGGGGCUUGCGUGGGACGGAAUGAGUGUCGGGAGAUCCCAAACGUCUGUAGCCAUGGCGACUGCGUGGACACAGCUGAUAGCUACACGUGCCUGUGUCACCGUGGCUUCCGGGCCUCAGCAGACCAGACCCUGUGCAUGGACGUCGACGAGUGUGACCAGCAGCCAUGCGGAAAUGGGACCUGCAAGAAUAUCGUCGGCUCCUACAGCUGCCUCUGCUUCCCUGGCUUUGUGGCGACACACAACGGACAUUGCGUGGACAUGGAUGAAUGCAGCACCAUCGUGGGGCAGGUGUGCCGAUUUGGCCAGUGCCUCAACACAGCAGGCUCCUUCCACUGCCUCUGCCAGGAUGGCUUUGAGCUCACAAGUGAUGGGAAGAACUGCAUAGACGCCAACGAGUGUCUCAGCCUCGCGGGAACCUGCCUGCCAGGCACUUGCCAGAACCUUGAGGGCUCCUUCCGCUGCAUCUGUCCCCCCGGCUUCCAGGUUCAGAGUGACCACUGUGUCGACAUCAACGAAUGCUUGGAAGAGCCCAACCUAUGCCUCUUUGGCACCUGUACCAACAGCCCCGGGAGCUUCCAGUGCCUCUGCCCGCCUGGCUUUGUCCUGUCUGACAACGGGCACCGUUGCUUUGACACACGGCAGAGUUUCUGCUUCACCCAUUUCGAGGCUGGAAAGUGCUCGGUACCCAAAGCUUUCAACACCACCAAGACCCGGUGCUGUUGCAGCCAGAGGCCCGGCGAGGGCUGGAAUGACCCCUGCGAGCUGUGUCCUCAGGAGGGCAGUGCCGCCUUUCAGGAGCUGUGCCCCUUUGGCCACGGGGCAGUCCCAGGCCCGGAUGAUUCUCGGGAAGAUGUGAACGAGUGUGCGGAGAACCCUGGCGUCUGUGGUAACGGCCUUUGUGUCAACACUGAUGGCUCUUUCCGCUGCGAGUGUCCUUUUGGCUACAGCCUGGACUUCACAGGUGUCAGCUGCGUGGACACAGACGAGUGCUCUGUCGGACACCCCUGCGGGGAAGGCACCUGCACCAAUAUCAUUGGAGGCUUCGAAUGUGCCUGUGCUGAUGGCUUUGAGCCUGGUCCCAUGAUGACCUGUGAGGACAUUGACGAGUGCUCCCUGAAUCCCCUGCUCUGCGCCUUCCGCUGCCACAACACUGAGGGCUCCUACGUGUGCACCUGCCCGGCUGGCUAUGCCCUGCGAGAGGAUGGGGCCAUGUGCCGAGAUGUGGACGAGUGUGCAGACAGCAAGCAGGACUGCCACGCCCGGGGCAUGAUGUGCGAGAACCUCAUUGGCACCUUCACCUGCAUCUGCCCCCCAGGCAUGCGGCUCCAGCUGGGCUCUGGGGAGGGCUGCACAGAUGAUGAUGAAUGCCGUGCCCAGCCCAGCCUCUGUGCCAAUGGCCGCUGCGUCAACACCGCAGGCAGCUUCCGCUGUGACUGUGACGAGGGCUUCCAGCCCAGCCCUGGCUUCACUGAGUGCCACGACACCCGGCAAGGGCCCUGCUUCUCCGAGGUGCUGCAGGCCACGUGCCAGGCUCAGUCCAGUGGCGGCGAGGCAGUCACCAGGGCCGAGUGCUGUUGCGGGGGUGGCCGCGGCUGGGGCCCCCACUGCGAGCUCUGUCCCCUGCCCGGCACUGCCGCCCACAAGAAGCUGUGCCCCCAUGGCUCGGGCUACACCGCCGACGGCCGAGACGUGGAUGAGUGCCGUGUGCUCACUCACCUGUGCCCCCACGGCGAGUGCAUCAAUAGCCUUGGCUCCUUCCGCUGCCACUGCCGGGCUGGGUACGCGCCUGACACCACUGCCACAGCCUGCGUGGAUGUGGACGAGUGCAGCCAGGCCCCCACGCCAUGUCCCUUCCUCUGCAAAAACACCGAGGGCAGCUUCCUGUGCGCCUGCCCCCGAGGCUACAUGCUGGAGGAGAAUGGCAGGAUCUGCAGAGACGUGGACGAGUGCUCCUCCAGGCAGCACAACUGCCAGUUCUUCUGCGUCAACACCAUCGGUGCCUUCACCUGCCGCUGUCCCCCUGGCUUCACCCAGCGCCACCAGGCCUGCUUCGACAAUGACGAGUGCUUGGCCCAGCCUGGCCCAUGUGGCACCCGUGGACACUGCCACAAUGCCCCAGGCAGCUUCAGCUGUGAGUGCUAUCAAGGCUUCACCCUGGACAGCUCAGGCCAUGGCUGCAAAGAUGUGGAUGAAUGUGAUGGGCCUCAUCGCUGCCAGCACGGCUGCCAGAACGAGCUGGGGGGUUACCGCUGUGGCUGCCCCCAGGGCUUCACCCCACACUCCCAGUGGGGCCAGUGUGUGGACAAGAACGAGUGUGUCCUGUCACCCGCGGCCUGUGGCAGCGCCUCCUGCCACAACAUGCUGGGCGGCUUCCGCUGCGUCUGCCCCUCCGGCUUUGACUUCAACCAGGCCCUCGGGGGCUGCCAGGACGUGGAUGAGUGUGCGGUGCGGGGCGGCCCCUGUAGCUACAGCUGUGCCAACACCCCCGGCGGCUUCCUGUGCGGCUGCCCCCGAGGCUACUUCCGGGCUGGGCAAGGGCACUGUGUCUCUGGCCUGGGCUUCAGCCCUGGACCUCAGGAUGCCCCAGAUGAGGAGGAGCCGCUCUCACCCGAAGCCUGCUAUGAAUGCAAGAUCAACAGCCAGCCCCCUCGUGACCGGCCACGGCGCAGCCCCCAUGGGGACUAUCAGGCAAGCCUGGCCAGCCUUGAUUCGGAGGCUCCGCUGACCUUGGGCCUGAACCUCUCCCGCCUGGGCCGGGCCGAGCACAUCCUGGAGCUGCGGCCGGCGCUGGAGGGUCUGGGGGGCCGCGUCCGCUACAUCAUUGCCCGUGGCAACGAGCAAGGUUUCUUCCGCAUGCAUCACCUCCGCGACCUCAGCUCCCUGCAGCUGGGGCGUCGGAGGCCGGGGCCUGGAACCUACCAGCUGGAGGUGGUGAGCGUGGCUGGGGCCUGGGGCACCCAGCCAGAGGGGGGGCUGGCAGGCCGGGCCUUGCGGCUAAAGGUGCAGCUGCAGCUCAUGUAG